UUCUAAAGUUGGUUAUCGCAUGUCCGCAAUAGGUGAACGGAAGAUGCAAAGGACAAAACGUCAAAAACAGUUUUUUAGUUCAGAAAUUAUAAUAUGCUCUAUUAUCCUGAAUAAAAAUAACGACUCCAUCACAUUUGUGCUAUAUAAAUGUAGAAAUAUAAAAGCAAGCCCUCUGAAUUUAUUACGUUCUUUUACUUUUCCUCAUUCUUUUAACUCCAAUUUUUAGAAACUGCUAAAUAGUACGCAGUUUUGUGAGCAACAAUGCGAAAGUUCAUUGAAACGCAACACUACGCCGGUGCGAUUUUGUGAGAUUGUUUCACACGGAACUCACAAUCGUUCUUGCAUAUUCCUUCCUUACGUAACGCGUUCAUUCGUCCCGAGUGAACGAAAGACUUUAGGGUUCACGGCCGGAUUGUAAGUCGCUUGAUAUGGCUUUCUCAAUUCCUGUUUCCCGCUUAGGGCGGGCAGUUGCUGUGCAUUUACGGCACGCUCGCGUGAAGCCAACGAGAGUGUUAUGCGCUACAUUUAAUACAACUAGUAUCAACAUGCAAGCGGCAAAGAAAACCAGGAAAGAAAGAGAUACUUUUGGAGAAUUGGAAGUGGAAGCUGAUAAGUACUAUGGAGCUCAGACUGUCCGGUCUGUAAUGAAUUUUCCUAUUGGUGGACCAACGGAACGAAUGCCUUAUCCUAUUAUUACUGCAAUGGGCAUUUUGAAGAAAGCUGCUGCACUUGUCAACAAAGAAUAUGGACUUGACCCCAAGCUUGCAGAUGCAAUUGCUCAAGCUGCAGAUGAUGUGAUAUCUGGCAAACUCUACAAUGACCAUUUUCCUUUGGUAAUUUGGCAGACUGGAUCAGGAACACAAACUAAUAUGAACACCAAUGAGGUGAUCAGCAAUCGGGCCAUAGAAAUUUUAGGAGGGGAGUUGGGUUCAAAAACACCCGUGCACCCUAACGACCAUGUCAACAAAAGCCAGAGUUCAAACGACACGUUCCCCACUGCAAUGCACAUCGCUGUAGCGCGAGAGAUCCAUUGCCUACUCUUGCCUGCCCUUGAGAAACUGCAUAACGCCAUUGACAGCAAAGCAAAGGAAUUCAAGGACAUCAUCAAAAUUGGGCGUACACAUCUCAUGGACGCAGUGCCCUUGACCCUGGGACAAGAAUUCAGUGGAUACGCAACCCAGCUGAAGAACGGUAUUGCGCGAGUGAAAGCCACACAGCCCAGGCUGUAUGAACUGGCAUUGGGUGGAACUGCAGUUGGCACAGGCCUCAAUACACGGGUUGGGUUUGCUGAGAAGUGUGCUGCAAAAAUCAGUGAACUCACAGGACUUCCGUUUGUUUCGGCUCCCAACAAGUUUGAGGCACUGGCUGCACACGAUGCAUUGGUGGAGGUUUCUGGUGCCCUUAACACUGUUGCUGUGAGUUACAUGAAGAUUGCCAACGACAUCCGCUUCCUUGCCUCUGGCCCACGGUGCGGUUUGGGUGAACUCAGUCUGCCGGAGAACGAACCAGGCAGUAGCAUCAUGCCAGGUAAGGUGAACCCCACCCAGUGCGAAGCCAUCACCAUGGUGGCGGCACAGGUGAUGGGCAACCACGUGGCAGUCACCAUUGGUGGCAGCAACGGCCACUUUGAACUGAACGUCUUCAAGCCCCAAAUAGUGUCCAAUGUGCUCCGGUCCAUCCGGCUGUUGGGUGACAGUGCUAAUGCUUUCACCAACAACUGUGUCGUGGGCAUCAAGGCCAACCGGGAUAACAUCAACAAGAUCCUCAACGAGUCCCUCAUGUUGGUGACUGCACUUAACCCUCACAUUGGUUAUGAUAAGGCUGCACAAAUUGCCAAGAAGGCUCACAAGGAAGGGACAACAUUGAAACAAGCGGCAUUGGCUCUGAAACACCUCACAGAGGAAGAAUUCAACAAAUAUGUGCGACCUCAAGACAUGCUCGGUCCCAAGUAAUGGGAACUGGAUCUUCUUUAGCUGUGGAGGCUUCGACAUGAAGCAAUAAGUGUUUUUGUUGUGCAAGAGACGUACCUUUACGUACAUAAUACCAUUUGCUAUAUAUGUAGUAAAGUAAGGUUUCUUGUGACAUGCUUGACAAAAUCUUCAUGGACAAUAACUUUAUUUUGUAAAUGUAAUGCAAAGAGAGGGGAAAAAUACUUUCGACUGUAUAAAUAUAUUGAAUGUCUGUUACUUGAGAUUGCAUUCCAUCAUGCAUUGCUGCUUAAGGGGAUGAAAUUUGUUAGUAAUUUAUAAAAGCAGUGACUUGUACAUUGGUAUGUAUGAUUGUUCAAAUGAAGUUACUAUUGAAUUUAUUGAUGUAUUUUCUUUUAUUUUUAUUCCAUUUUAUUAGUACAUUGAGGCAUGAGGCAUACAUCAAAUUCUAGCAGCUCUAUUUCAUGACAUUGAGUGACUGUCAUGACAAUCCCUUUGGAUGACACAC